AGCCUUCUCUUGCUCUCGGCUUGUUUCUUCCCUCAUCUUCAUUUCCUACUUACAUGAGCAUGCUAAAAAGAGCAAUAUUGGUGACAGUUGGCAGGGUAUAUGCGAGGCAGCUGGACGAAGUGUACAGUACUUACUCCUCAAGUGUUGACUAUAAGCUGUAAUUUUCCCAAGUUGAGGAGAUUAGCUGCUGAAUGUGUGGCUGAGUUAAGAAGAAGCAUCUGGAGCGCCAAUAAAGCCAAGGUGGAGCGGGAGAGAGGAGAUGGCAGAGGGCAACGCGGCCAGCCACCCCCAAGUCUUUGUGGUGGACAGCCGAGCCAGCUUCUUCCCCCUGCCCAGACCUGCGAAAAAAACACGAUGGACUCUGAUAGGGCACAAGUUUCUUCUGCUGGUGGUGACGCUUGGCGUGCUGGGACUUGUUGUCGAGGGAUGUUUCGUCUAUAAACUUUACAUGAAAACCAAGGCAUUUUCCAUCUGUGUGUCGGAUCCUCUCUGUCAAAACAUGUCCAACUCUAAAAUAUUUGCUGAGCAGGUUGGCGCAUUGAAAGGCCGAGUGGCAUCUGAAGGAGGCCCCAAUGAGGUUCACCCAGUGUCAACUCUGCUGGGGCAUAAGCCCUUCGCUCACCUGAUGUGCAGUAGCAAUCCUGUCGGGGAGAAAAAUGUGGUGCAAUGGGUUGACAAAGAUGGCGACGCCAUCACCCACCAGAUGAGCUACAACAAUGGCCGCCUGUUGGUGGAGCAGGACGGUUACUACUACCUCUACUCCAAAGUGCAGAUAAAUGCUGUCGAGGUUUGUUCUCUCAUCCAGCACAAAGUGAUGAAAGACACCAUGGCAUAUGACCAAUCUAUAGAACUUAUGAAAUCAAAGAGGUCCCGCUGCUGGACCCCAAAACCUUCAAGUGUGAUGUCAUCAGGUGGGGAGGAUAUAUGGGACAGUUACCUGGCGGGGAUCUUCCACCUGCUGUCCGGAGAUCAAAUUUUUGUCACAUUAGAUAGUAUACAGACGUUGCGUCCUGGACCUACUGAAAAUUUUAUGGGAGCCUUUAUGAUAUCUCCAGAGAAAAAAACAAGCAAACAAACAAACAACUAAUCGCACAUUUGACUCAUUGUGAUUAACGUCUUCCUUUCUCUUUGUAUGUAUUAGAAGCACUUGUGGAAAAAGCAGCAAAUGAUUGUAAUCUCAUGAAACUGUAUCUGAUAUUCAGACUACAUUAUUUGUUGCUUGAAUAAAAUACUGUCUCUUGA